CGCUAUGUUUGGGGGCCUUUCCUCUGGUCGGAUAAUAAAAUUAAUAAAUCCUUAGGUCACCUAGCAAGACCUGCCUCGUUUGUCAUCAGCAUUGAUCUGCGGUAGCUGGCUGGGACUCCAGGCCUCUGGGGCAUUGUCACACCACCUUACGCGUGCAGCGGAGUGUGUGCCGUGACAGGAAAUCAUAUAAACCCAGAGAGUCUGAGACUGCAGCAGAGGCACUGCAGACUCCUCUACCACCUGGGGGCUGUGAGCAGAAUCCUGUGCUGCUCCUUCUCACGGGGAGCAAGAGCCCACCACUGAAAUCCUCCCACCAUGCUGGGGCUGCUGCUGCUGCAGGUGUUGGCCAGCUGCCUCUGGCUGGGACACAGCGAGGUGGUAACACCCUUUGCAGGUUGUCCUCAGUUCUUCUAUGCAGGGAUUCCCCCAAAUGAUGCCCUGAAUCCAAAGAAUCCAGCCUGGAUCUGUCAGCGCUUCAGGAACUCGUAUCACUAUGCCGCCCUGUACGACAGAGACAGGAGAAUUCCUGUGUACUCUGCUUACAAAUACCAGCCUGGAGAUGCCAAGAGACCUCACUCAUGGUGGUUUGUUGAGCCCCAGCUCAUAGAUGAAAAUCUAAAUCUUAAAGAGAUGGAAACAGAGUCAUUCCUCAUAAAACAAUACAAGAUCACCUUACAGGAUAUCAAAAAGAGCCAGGCUGUCCUUGAUGACUACAGAGGAUUGAAGGAUUUGGUGCACGGCCAUUUGACUCCCACUGGCCAUAUGGAUGAUUCAGUGAGUAAAAUGGCUACCUUCACCCUCACCAACAUAGUGCCACAGGAUAAGAGUCUCAAUGAUGGUGAGUGGAGGGUCUACGAGCAUAAAACAAUGAUCAAAAAGACCAAGGGCUGUACAGCCACCUACGUGAUCACGGGUGCUGUGCCUGGGAACACCUACGUAUCCGAAGGGAGGGUUAACAGACCCAGCCACAUCUGGUCAGCUGCCUGCUGUCUGGUGGAUGAAGUGCCCAAAGAUGCUUGGGGGGCCAUCGCUGAGAAUGACAAGAAUAAGGUGGAGGAGCUCAGCCUGGGGGAGCUGGAGAAGAGGUUGACCGAUCUCUACGGGGGAACGGUUACUCUGUUCAACAAUGCCUGUCCCCGGAAAUAAGCCUCACA